AUGUCCCAUGGCUAUGGCACGAAAGAUGCAAGCGACAUCAACUCCGGCAGGGUUGUGAAGCUCGUAGCUCCUGCAGGACGGCAACCAUUUGGAUUCAUCGCACCCGAUUCAGGGGGCAAAGACGUGUGGUUUGCCCCGCACCUGCUUGGAGAUGGGAAAUCCUGGGAUGAGUUCAAGGUACAGGUCGGCCGAUAUGGCACCAUCCCCGCACCGGUGAGUUACGUCUUGGACCCGAAAGGGCGAGCCAAAGGCGUUUGUGUCCUCAGCCUGGCAGAGGUUGACGGGAACGACGAUGGCCGCAUCAGUGAAGAGGAGAUGGCAAAGUACCUGGAGGCACACCCCGAGAUGUUUCAGAAGGUGAAGACGCAGAUGGACCGCGAACGGGAGAAAAGGCAGGAGGAACGGGAUGCGGAGCACGCAGCUUGGGUGGCAAAGCGCAAGGCUGAGGAUGCAGCCUACCAUAAACGGAAGGUGGCCUACCAAGAGCAGGUGAAGGACGACGAAGCAGAGGCCCAAGAACGCCAGGAACUCUACGCGCGCCUGGCUGCCAAAGAAGAUGCCCUCAGGGCGAAGAUUGAGGAGACCAAGGCACGCCGUGACAGCCUCAAGGAGCAAGUGAAUCAACUUCGUGAUGAGGCUCAGAAGGAUUGGGAAAGUGGGGCGAAAGCCGAGUGCAAAGCCAAGCAAGCCAAAGCGAAUGAGUUGCAGGAAGAACGCAGCGGGCUCUACAAAGAAGUCGAUGAUCUGUAUGACCAGUUGAAGAACCUGGAUUGGAGCAACAAUGAGGAGAUCUUCAGGUGGGUUCAGAAGAGGCACGACCGCCCAUCAGAUUUGUCUUGGUUCGACCUGCAUGGAUUGGACUUGAACUUCGCUUGGUGGAAAGCCACGGAACUCCUGAAGGCAGCUCAAACCUUGGGCGUGCCCCGUGUCGAGGUCAUCACUGGUGCAGGGCACCACAGCGAGGGAGGGGUUUCAAGAUUGAAGCAGACCAUUUGGACAAACUCAGACUCCUUGCUUCGAUCUGCGAAGUCUGGCCAGAUAGAUGACUUGCACAUAACAGAUUUCCAGCAAGUGGUAGACGAUGAUGGGGACCAGAACCCUGGAACAGUCAUGGUCUUAUUCUGA